CCACCAGAAUGAGUAUAAAGGCAGUCUUUGCUUGGCUGAAAGCAAAGAGAUGAGAUGGGGAAGCCAGCUACUGGGAGUUCCCGGGGUCUUUUAAAAAUCUCACAGCAACACAUCUUGCCUCUGCUGUGUAAGGACAUGGAAGACGCUCAGCUCUGGCUUCCCUUAGAGAGACUGAUAAAGGGCACUGUCUCCCGGAAUGGAUGUCACCCGCCUCCUCCUGGCUACCCUGCUGGUCUGCCUGUGUUUCCUCACUGCCUACAGCCACCUGGCACCUGAGGAAAAGCCCAGAGAUGAAAGGAGCCUGAGGAGCAACUCUUCCGUGAAGCUGUUGGAUUUCCCUUCUGUCUCCAUUGUGGCGCAGAACAAGAAAUCCAAAAAUAUCAGCAGAAAAGAAGCGGAAAAAAAGAAAAGAUCUUCCAAGAAAAAGGCUUCGAUGAAGAAGGUGGCACGGCCCCGGCCCUCGCCGCCUGGCCCCUGCGUGGCUACCCGCGACAGCUGCAAGCCGCCGGCGCCCGCCUGCUGCGACCCGUGCGCCUUCUGCCAGUGCCGCUUCUUCCGCAGCGCCUGUUCCUGCCGCGUGCUCAACCCCACCUGCUGAGCGCGCCUCUGGGUGGUGGGCGGGGCUCUCCGGACGGGCUUUUCUGGGGCGGGUGAUCUCUAGUAGGUGUGGCUUCCUAGAACAGGGAGUGGGCGUGGCUACUGACGUUGGGGCGGAGCUUUCAGGAGGCGGGGCUUCAAGGAGACUUGGCUUGGGCUGGGCUAAAAUUCAAAUAUAUGUA